AUGGAAAUGAUCUUCAUAAUUUUUUACAUGCUCUUUAAUCUUGGAUUAACCUCUUACAUCGUUGGUAACAUGACAAAUUUGGUGGUUAAAGGCACUCGUCGUACCAUGGAAUUUAGAAAUAGCAUUGAAGCUGCCUCAGAUUUUGUGCGCCAAAAUCGGUUGCCUCCAACUUUGAAAGACCAGAUAUUAGCUUAUAUGUGUUUGAGAUUUAAGGCUGAGAACUUGAAUCAGCAACAACUGAUUGAACAGCUACCAAAAUCUCUAUGCACAAACAUCCGCCAGCAUUUGUUUUUGCCCACGGUUGAGAAGGUUUAUCUCUUUAAGGGUGUCUCUAUGGAAAUUCUCUUGCUCCUGGUUGCAGACAUGAAGGCUGAGUAUAUACCACCUAGAGAGGAUGUAAUACUGCAAAAUGAAGCACCCGAUGAUAUUUACAUCAUUGUAUCAGGAGAAUUGGAGAUGAUUGAAGGAGAAAUGGGGAAAGAGAGAGUCAUUUGGAGUUUAAAAUCUGGGGACAUGUUUGGAGAAGUUGCUGAUGACCCAAACAUGUCUAUCAACUUGCUUACUGUUGCCAGUACAGGCAAUGCUGCUUUUCUUGAUGAGCUUCUAAAGGCAAAGUUGGACCCUGACAUUGGAGACUCCAAAGGAAGGACCCCAUUGCACAUUGCAGCAUCAAAAGGGCAUGAAGAAUGUGUGUCAGUGCUCCUCAAGCAUGCCUGUAACAUUCACCUGCAAGCAGAUGUAGAUGGUAAUACUGCCAUGUGGGAUGCUAUAGCAGCAAAGUACCACUCCAUAUUUCGGAUGUUGUAUCAUUAUGCUUCUAUCUCUGAUCCCUACACUGCCGGUGACCUUUUAUGUACAGCUGCAAAGAGAAAUGAUUUGAAGCUUCUUGUGAUCAAUGGAGCCGAUGUAAAUUACACAACUGAUGGCAAACUUCCUUCAGUAAACUUGGAUGAAAUGCUACAAAAACGAGAGGUCGGACACUGGAUAACAAUGCCUGAUACCACACUGGAUCAAGUGGCUUUUAGGAGGCACAAAGAAGAGCAGGAGUACUGCAAUGUGGGAAGAUCAAAGAGACCAUGUUCUUCAAGGGUUAGCAUAUAUAGAGGCCACCCUUUGGUCAGGAGAGAAACUUGUUACACAGAAGCUGGGAGGCUGAUUAGGUUACCAAAUUCACCAGUGGAGCUCAAGAGCAUUGCAGGUACAGUUUAA